AUGAUACAGAAUCUGAUGGACCAGUCAUCCGCACUCUUCGAAAAACAUGGCGGUUGCCUCCAAGUUGCGAGGACAUAUUUCGGCAUCAAAGCCACUGAAGAGGGUUACUCCUUACAGGAAAUCGACGAGUGCUGGAAUGGCAGGCAUGCAGAUACUAAGCUGUUUGAGCUCUUCGACAGCACGUUCUCACAUGCGCUGACAAUUAUUGAGCCUCUGAGUGCGAUGUUCCCAAAUCCAAAGGAAGAAAUCUUGUCUUCCUCCGAGAUGAUAAGCAGAUUGAAGACUCGUUGCGGCAUACCAGGAAGCGACGGUGCCACUCUGGAACUCUCAGUAGACCAGCUGAUGGCAGCACGGUUUUGGAACGCAGCACUGGUCUUUCUCACAAAACGUAGGGAGUGUGGAGUCAUAGAUAAGUUCUCAUGCUAUGCAUAUGGAGCGAGUUGUCAUCACAUGAUUUCGCUCAACCUCGCAUUCGCAUGUCAAGUCCACCUUGAUGUGUUCCAUCUCACACGGGAGGACUUGGCACGAGGCUCUUUCCAGCUACGAAAACAUACAAAGCACAUGAGAGACCAACUGAAAGCCUUCAUGGUCAAUCUCUCCCGUCCAGGCUCGCCCACUGACUCCUCAAACGUUGGUGAGAGCAUCGGCCACCUCGUCAAGCGUUUUGACACUAUCGUGGGGUAUUGUGAACCUGAAGAUCAACAAAACAAGCAAGACGAGGCUACCUUCGAAAUCUUCAAGAUCUUGCCAGCGUUUUCUGGUCUAUAUCUAUUCCAUGCUAGGGGACACGCGGCCAAAAUGGCAUUGAGGAUUACCAAGAAUGCUGGCGUAAUGACAGUCAUGGCUCACUUGUACAACUCUAUGGAAAAGCUCGAGAUACUCAAGACGCGGUGGCCUGACAUGGAAGCAUUCGAAAAGUGCUUCGAGGUGCGCGACUUAUUUUUCGCGGAUAAGCCAGCGAGUCGUAAACAUUUCAUGACACGCCUCUUGAUCCAGCUUGGGUAUCCAGCGUCCGCUGUGAAAACACCCAAAGAAAGCAGAGUUCAACGCAAGGCGCCACGAGAAUUUUUCAAAUCAUUCACCAAAGGAGCUCCGGGCAUAGCUCCAGUGUCCAUGAUAUUCGCCGAAACAGUUAAUCGACGUAGCGGGCUCCCAGAAUUAUCAUGGGACGACCUGGCUUACGUCGUAUCUGCGAGCCUACACAAAGAGACGAUUGCCGAUGACGGCACAAACGUCCUUAUUUCUCUCGACCUAGAAGAGAAAAGGAAAGUGAAGAACCGGAUCGCAAAUCCCAAGUCUAAAGACCGGCAAAAGUCAGCGCCGCUUUCCCCUGACCAACAACUGAGACAAUUUGCAUUAGCUUUGGCCGGAGAGGCACGGGAGCUUGCGUUUCCGUACGUAGAAAUGCACAAUCUUUGCAUUCAACUGUUUGAUAGAAUCAGUGAUCGAUGCGCUUCGACACUAGAGGCUGUCGGCUGGGGGCCUGAUCCUCUCGAUGAGAAUCUCAUUGCAAUGCUGCGAGUUAUUUCGCUUGCCAGUGAAAGCAAUCAUGAUGUACCUCUCAGCCAGGCAGCGGAUGAAAUUGAGAAGCAUAUCAACACAGAUCCAGCGAUAGUUUCCAAACUCAUCGCAGAUGUUCCCGAUUCUGAUGGGGCAUCUAUACCCAGCGUCGAGUCAUACAAAGUGACUCACAGGACUUUUAUCAAGCUUAGUGUAGAUAAAAGUCCUUUGGAUGAGGAAAUCGUCAUUUCUUUCGAAGAAAUCGAUUCGGCUCCUGGAGAAAUGGAAGAAACAAGAGGAACUACCUAG